UCUACGUUGUCAGCCGGCACCCAGAAUUUCACCGUCUUUAACAAACCCCCCACCCGUUGGCGCGGGAAAAUGGCACCCUCAACGGCUGACACUGUCCUUGCCAUUAUCGCCCUGUGUGUGGUAGGGUUGGCAAAUUCGACGACGACGACGACGUCGGUGCGGAUAAACAAGUGUUGCGAGAAAUUCGAAGUCGUGUACGAUGGAAAGUGUACGGUCGCCACCACGGUCAACGCUACCGUGUGGAAGCCAGAAUUUACCGGACGAAAAGGUGAGCGAAACGUGCAAGUUGAUAAUUAUCGUUUCAUCAUUGGUCUGCCGGAUUGCGGAACGAAGCAAAAGUUCAACAUUUACGAGUAUCACGAUAGCUACGACAAAUUGAAUCUUUUCCCGGACGGGCAGCUGCGACAUGCCAUUCUGCGCCAUCAGAGUUCCACUCGGGACAACGUUGGAAGCUACCUAGACGAAGACUACGUCGAUGGCGGAGACAAUAACGUGCCGUUGCUCAAGUACGACUACUCGCCGGGUCUAUACUGCAUGGACCGUGCCAUCGGCAGCGGCGGGGAUGGUGGAGAACUGAUGGAGGGCCUGAUAGCGAAGGUGUGCUCGCCUAAAGAGGACAUCCAUUGGACCGACAGCGACGUAAUGCUGCGCAAGAUCAUCAACCCGAUCUGCCACGGAUUGGCGAUCAUUAUUCUUCUGGUCGUGGCAAUAAUCUAUUUUGUCCUGCCGACGUUACGCGACCUCGUCGGCAACAUGGUGACGACGAUCACGAUGUGCCUGAUCGUAAGCCAGGCGGCCGAUCUCGUGCGCAUCUUCACCGAAUUCAGCAACCACGUGAGCUUUCUCAUCGCGGAUCUGUUCUUCUACGUCAGCAUGCUUGGUGCGUUCUUCUGGUUGAACGCGAUGGGCUACUACAUCUGGAAGAUGUUCCGAACACGCAACGUCUUCCUGCGCGUCAGCGAUGGUCGCAAGUACUGCUGGUACUCGGGCUACGCCUGGGGCUGCACGGGAACAAUGGCGGCCAUCGCAGUGUUUGCGCACUUCUUCCUCGAUCUUCCCGGCAGUGGUGGCAACACCAGCAGCGGAGCCAGUGAAAACCAGCACCACCUGGGGGGAGAAAGCGUUUUCGAGGGCCAAGACAACAUCAGCUGGCUAGGAAUUGCCGUGUUUUUCAUGCCCAUAGCGUUCAUUAUCAUCGUGAACAUUUUCUUCUUCGUCACGACAUUACGAUUCAUCAACCGCAUGCAUACGUACGGUCGAAUUCACCAUAAGCUACGGUGCAGCUUCGUCAUGUUUACGCUCAUCUUUGCCACCAUGAGUGUGGCGUGGCUCUUCCUCAUCCUGUCGUGGCUGCAUUACGACGGGCUGCUGUACAUGCACAUUAUCGCAAACGCGUUGCAGGCUCCCUGCAUUCUGUACAUCUGCGUGCUACGCCAGAAACAUGUCACAUUCCUGGUAAAAUCGUGCUUCCGAGACCAAGCACCACAAACCACCGAAUGGGGCGACGAGAUGACUUAUAUGAACGGAGGUGAUUACUAG